AUGAGGCGGUGUCUUAACGUGUUUCUGCUAGUUAUCAUGGCUCUGAGUAGUACAUUCAUGCUCUGGCAAGCUCUAUGUCUGACAACAAAUUCACCUUGCCCAAUCAUUGUGGUCAUUUCGGAAUCUAUGGCCCCAGCUUUUCAUCGGGGGGAUAUCCUUUUGCUUUAUAAUCGACAAGAAGUGAUUCAGGUGGGGGAUAUACCAGUCGUCUGGUUUACUGGUCAUCCAUUUCCGAUGGUCCACCGCGCAAUCCAAGUCCACUGGCAAAUGAUCGAGCACAAGCCGACGCAAUUGUUUCUGACCAAAGGCGACAACAAUGAGGCAGAUGAUGUUGCACUCUAUCCCCGUGGGCGAUUUACCGUCGCAAGAAACGAAGUCAUUGGUCUUGUUCGCGGCUAUGUACCUCUGCUCGGAUGGAUUGCCAUUAUGCCGAAAGACUUUUACCGCUCCUCGAGCAAAUACAUUAGUGAAAAGGUUAGGAGGCUUCGAGUCAUUUGA